AUGUCAUUGAUUCAACAACAUUCUGUCAACGAUUCGACGAUAUUAAUUUCUUAUACGAAUGAAAUUUGUUCACCAGAAUUUUUACAAAGAAUGGCCGAUUUUUUAAAAGGUCGUCAAUUCCCUUCUUCUUCUUCAACUUCUCAUCGUCCUCAUCCUUUAAUAAAUCCUUUAAUUCAAACGACGAAAAAAAAUGAUCCAAGGUUAGAUUCGGCCAUUUGUAUGCCAUCAACCAAAAAACCCACGGUAACCAAUCCCAAAGGUGAUUUUUAUAAAAAGAAUGAAAGUUUAGAAAGAUGGGUUAAUGAUUUAUUAAAAGAUUUGGAUAAUAUCAUGUCAACGAAUUUAAAUACUGAUCUUAGUCAAGAUAAUAAUCGUCGAGUUAAAGAGUUAAUCAGACGAAUCGAUGAUCGUUUAAGUAAUUCGUUGUCUGAUGAUAUUGAAGCCAAGAAACGAAUGAACGCGGCCAAAUUGAAAACGAAAAAACCAACUUAUUUGACAAUUGGAAAAAUUGAAAAGAAAUCCAAAUUCACUAGACUUUUGAAUGGAAGAUAUUUGAUUGAUAAAAACGAAAAUAUUGGUGAAGGACAUCAUGGAAAAGUUGUGAAAGGAAUUGAUAUUGAAACGAAUACGGGAGUAGCAGUUAAAUGUUUAAAAAAACAAUUCAGUUGUUCAGUAGGCCGAUUUCAAAUAGCCGAUAAAAAACAAAAAAAGAAAAAUUCCGAAAUAAUGCAUGAAGGUCGAAUGAUGAUACGAAUGGAAGGAAUAGAAAAUUUAGUACCACUUUUAGAUAUAGUGGAAACAUUAAAUAAAGUAUAUUACAUAAUGCCUCUAGCCAACAAAGAUUUAAGUGACGUAAUUUAUCGUAGACGAAUGACUGAGCGAUGUGCACGAGAAUUAAUGAAACCCAUAUUUCAUGCCGUUAAAGCAUUACAUGAAUCUGGAUUUGUACAUCGAGAUAUUAAGCCCGAGAAUAUCAUGUUAUAUCAAGGAGGAUUUGCCAAACUUGGAGAUUUCGGAUUAUCCAAGGAAUUCGGUUAUCAUUCCGGUUUACAAGUUGUUGCUCCGGAAGUUUUGGGACAAUUCCAUCAAACACAUAAAGCAGCAUGGUUAAAUUAUAAACGUGCUGAUAUAUGGUCAUUGGGUGCUACAUUAUACAGACCCAUAUGUGAACAAAUUAGUGCUGGGGUACAAUUUCCGGAAGAUCGAUUUCAACUUUAUUCAUCUGACGCAAUUGAUCUUAUUCAAAAAUUAAUGGAAAUGGAUCCCUUAAAACGUAUAUCAAUGGAUGACGCAUUGAAUCAUCCAUUCUUCAAUAAGAAUUAA